UAUCCACUCAGAAACGACUUUAUGAGGCAACUCAUUCAGACGCGAUCUAGUCAAAUUCUUCAGGCUGCCUGCCUCGGAUCAACAAUGGCUCAAAUAAUGCAUCUCUCAUAGAAGAAGUCAAUCUGGACUUCCGAAUACCCCCGAAAGACUGGAACUUUACUUACCAUCUGUAGUUGCUUCAGACCACUAGUUUCAGGAAUGAUUAUGAGAGCGGUGGCGGUUUUGCUGAUGGGUCUGAUGGUGCUUUACAAGGCCGCGCAGCUUCCUCCUCCCCGGGAUGCUGUACUCCCUGCAGAAACUGUGACUACCUGUACAAGAAUCAGGCUCCGCGACGGAAGGUAUCUGGCUUACAGGGAGAGAGGCGUCGCUAGAGAAAGGUCGAACUACAAGGUCAUUGUAGUGCACGGCUUUGGGAGCUCCAAGGAGAUGAGUUUUCAGGCACCCCAAGAACAGAUAGAGAAGUUGGGUAUAUACUUUCUGCAAUUUGAUCGAGCUGGCUACGGAGACAGUGAUCCUAACUUGAAGCGCUCGACAAAGAGUGAAGCUUACGACAUUGAGGAACUUGCAGAUCAAUUAAAACUGGGGCCCAAGUUUUAUGUGAUCGGGGUUUCGAUGGGAUCCUACCCUGCCUGGAGUUGCCUAAAGCACAUACCACAUAGACUUAAAGGCAUGGCUUUAGUAGUUCCAGUCAUCAACUAUUCCUGGAAAUCUCUUCCUGAGAAUUUGACUAGGCUGGACUACAGGAGAAAGCUCAUUCAGUGGACCCUCUGGCUAGCGAAUUACGCCCCCGAAUUGCUCUACUGGUGGGUGACCCGAGAAUGGCUCCCUUCAACUACUUUCUUGGAGAAGAACCCGACUUUUUUUAAUGAUCGAGAUGUCGAUGUCCUCAAGAAGACGCCUGGAUUCCCAAUGCUCACCAAGGAUAAACUACGGAGAAGGCAGGUGUUCGACACGCUCCUAAAUGACUUUAUGGUCAGUUUUGGCAACUGGGAAUUUGAUCCGCUGGAUUUAAGCAAUCCGUUCCCACGGAAUGAAAGCUUUGUUCAUAUCUGGCAAGGCUAUGAAGACAAGGUAGUGCCUUUUCGACUUCAGCGGUAUGUUGCGGGAAAGCUACCCUGGAUCAGGUAUCACGAAAUUCCCGAUGGCGGACAUCUGAUUGUGCAUUACAAGGGGGUAUGCGAGGCGAUUCUCUGGGCUCUUCUGAACAGAGAACACCUUCUGGACAAACCGGCAACGGCCAUGGCUGUACACUAAUUGCAACUCGCGUAGCUUCUGCAGCUCUUGUAGUCAAUGAUAAUGUGCAAGUGUACUGAUCUCACCCUGAUACUUUUACCACUGGAAAAUUUUGGGGGCCCUUGAAUGAAUUCUUCUUCUCUCCAUCUGUUAGGCUCAAGGGGGAAGUGAUUCCUCACUAGGCCACUCGGCUACCGAAUCUUACCUACAUUUCAGGAAAUCUACAAUCAGUUCUGACUGAAAUAUUAACUAUUGUUGCCCUUUCGGAUUUGAUGUAUGAACGGAAUUGCGGUACUCCAGCAAAGCAAUGGCAUCGAAACAACUCCCACAGAUUGAUAA